GAACAACACGAAAAAGAUGAUGAAGCAUGUGCUGAUUUUCUGUGUGCAAGAGCCUAGAGGGGACUUGGGGGAAGCUUUCUAAAUCGGCAUCUCUAUCCGUACACGGAACAGACUCGUAUUGGCUGGCGGUCUGCUCGAUCGGAGAAUCUUCCGUGGUGGCAAAAGCACCUUCACGGCCCUCCUUCUUGAAAUCUGCUCAACUCCACCAUUCCCAAACGCAACGCUUGGCAGCGCAACCGACAGGAUCCGUCAUCUGAAUCAGCCGGAAGCCGUACCGGAGGGUGGCUCCCCGAGCGCCAGGAUGGAGAACAAAUUGCCAAUGUCUAGCCUCAUGACUAAGAUACAUAAGAAGUGAUGUUUCGCCACAUGGAUUUCGAGACAGCAACUAGCAGUAUCGUAAACUUUGUAAUCAGACGACUUCCUGUCCCGCCCGGAUGGACCGCUCGAUCAACUCCAAGCGCCGCGAUCCCGAAUCCUGAGUCCCCCGACCAACCAUGGCACUCGCACCGCGACACAUCCAGAACCUCUCCGAGGCGGCCUCGCUCGAGCCGCACUGGGGCUACGCAGACAGGGCGGUACCCUGCACCAACGACCCGGGCUCGUGCGCCUAUCUCGACGUGGUCUACUCGGCCCACGACCGCGGCAUGAUCUACACGGGCAUCUUCUGGCUCACGCUCGGCGGCAUCCUGUUGGCGUGGACCCUGUGGCGCCGCAUCUUCCCAUCUCCCGACGGCGACGAUGGCCAUCAUUUGCUCCAACUUCACUCCUCCUCCUCCUCCUCCUCCUCCUCCGAACCAGAAUCCCAACAACCCCUUUCAUCAGCCCCAAAUUCCUUCUCUUCAUCAUCCCUCACCCGCCUCCGACGCGCCAUAGCCGCCACAACACGGCACUACCUCCUCCCCGCGGUCCCGCUCCGGCCCGUCUUCGGCCACACCACCCGGCUGCAACUCGUCCUCCUGGCCUUCCUCACCGCCUACCUGACCCUCUGGUCCUUCAUCGGCAUCGGCUACGGCCGCUGGGUCACGCCCGUCAAGAACAGCAACCCACCAGUCUACAACACCCGCACCUCCCUGGGCCCCUGGGCCGACCGCGUCGGCGUGCUGGCGUACGCGCUCACGCCGCUCAGCAUCCUGCUCGCGUCGCGCGAGAACGUGCUGAGCCUGCUGACCGGCGUGCCCUACACGUCCUUCAUGUUCCUGCACCGCUGGACGGGCUACCUCAUCCUCGCGCAGUCGCUGCUGCACACGCUCGGCUGGGUGCUGGUCGAGGCGUGGCUGUACCAGCCGCAGCCGAAGGUGUGGAACGACUGGAUCGCGCAGGAGUAUGCCGUCUGGGGGGUGGUGGCGCUGGUGCUGCUGGUUGUGCUGUGGGUAGGCACGUGGCAGAUCACUGUGCGAGUGGCUGGCUAUGAGGCCUUCCGCAAGGCGCAUUACGUGCUGGCCAUGGUGUACAUUGGCGCGCUGAUCGGGCACUGGAAGCAGCUGCAGUGCUUCCUGGUGCCGGGGCUCGUGCUGUGGGGGCUGGAUCGCGGGGCGAGGCUGGUGAGGAUGGGAUUGUUGCAUUAUGGGUACUGGCAGGGGAAAGGCGGGUUUGGGUUCAAGGCGGCAGAGGCGGAGGUGAAGGUGUGGGAGGAUAAGGAGCUGGGGGACUGUGUGCGGCUGGACUUUGACCAUGUGCAGGCGCCGUGGAAGGUUGGGCAGCACAUGUUCCUGUGUUUUGCCGAGGGCAGCAUCUGGCAGAGCCACCCGUUCACGCCGCUGUCGCUGCCAGUGGCGGAUGCCACGGGGCGGGUGAGGCAUUCGUAUGUGUUCCGAGCGAAGGGCGGCGAGACGAGGAAGAUCGUCGAUGUGCUGGCGAAGAAGAGGGACGCCGCACCGUCCACGAGGCUCACAACGCCUGUCAUCUUGCAGGGUCCCUAUGGCGAGAAUAUCCUCGAGGGCCUGACGCACGACGUCAACGUGCUUUGUGUCGCGGGCGGCACCGGCAUCACAUUCGUCCUCCCGGUCUUGCUGCGGUUGGUCAGGGGCCAAGCGGUGCCCGGUCGCAAGAUUGAGCUGGUCUGGGCGGUCAAGCGGAGGCAAGAUCUGGAAUGGGUCGAGCCCGAGAUGGACGAGCUGCGGCGGCUUGGUGCUCGCCACGAUAUUCAGAUCCGAACUUAUGUCACAGCCCCCGAGUCGCUUCCUGUGACUUCAAAAGAGGUCAAGGUCACCGACGAGAAGGGGCGGACCGAGUCCGAAGGUGAUGCCGAGUCGCUGCGAGGGACACCGUCGACCCGAAGUGGCCAUGACCACAGACCGGAUGUGAUCGUGGCAGUGAACGAGUUUAUCAGUAGCAUAGCACGAGGGUCGACACGUGUCUUUGGCAGCGGUCCACCGGGCAUGAUCCAAGACUUGAGAGCGGCCGUGGCCCGGUGCAACUCUGGUACCAGGGUCUGGAAGGGGGAGGAGCGGAACGACGUGUGUCUUGUAUGCGAUGAUCGGUUGGAAUGA